AUGUCACUUAAACAUCGAGGGGUGGCAUUGAAUGAGCUGAGAAGUAGCCUCAGUGCUCCGGACCGUCAUUGUUCUGGUCUCAUAUUGUUGACCAUGUCUACUCUCCUGACAUUGAACUAUAUGAUCAAUGAUCUGGAAGCCUUCAAGGUACACCUUCAUGCAUUGGAGACCAUGCGUCGAUCGUGCGAUGCCGACGAGGGCGACGAACUUUUCAUCUUUUUUUAUCCGGGCCACCCUUUCCCUCCGGAUCUCUGCACCGUGAUCGCGAAGCUUCCCGAAGGGUUUGCUGAAGUCGCGUUGGGUGGGAGUAUUGCGGUGGAAUUUAUCAGUUUUCUGGUAAAGCUGACAGAGCUAAUCGGUUGGAUGUCCCGGUCCCUGGAUGAAAGACUGCUUCUCCCUCGCCCUGAAAUGACCCUCCAGCGAGCGAUUUAUGAUUUGCAAUGUCUCUCCGCCCUUCCUUUGAUCCCGAUGGAAUCUCGAAUGCUACAACGGUGUCUUCUGUGGUGUUCCAUCGUCUUGGCCAGUGCUUGGGAUAAGCAGAUCGACGCGUCUCCGGAGAAUCACGUGGUUCUCGACAGACUGGUUGAUCGAAUGCCCGAAGCAAGAUCAUGGGAGGACACUGAAGAGACAAUGCGGAAAUUUAUGUGGGAUGACAGGCUUUCUGAUGAGUGGGAAGUCUGCUGGCGUGCCGCGGCCUUCAGAACUCGAAGGCAACGGAGAAGAGCCUCGCAGAUGGCACCCCUUUCGCAAUUAUUGAUGGAGAGCAGCCAGAAUUCGUCCUCGGUUGCGACGCUUCGAGAUUGGUACCGGGAGUCUCCUGCUGAGAACGUGAGGGAGAAGGACACCAAGACGGUGGAGCCCUCUGCGCCCCAAGCAUGUAACGCUAAGUUCGAUCUGAGGAGUGCCCCUACACGAUAUCUGGCAAUGUUGGGCGAGCAAGAAGGGCACUGA